AUGGCCGGAAAUACUUUUAUGCAGAAAAAAAAGCGCCUGUUUAUUAAGAAAGAGCAGAAGCGAAGCGGCAGUGUUUGGUACCAUGUAAGAACCAUUCAGUGUGCAAUAGGAGAGAUGUCCAGUAACUGCUGGUUCCUGUUUGCAAUGUAUACAUAUUUUGACAAGGGCAGUUUUGUGUGCAUGGCUGCAAUCUGUGGAUGUCUUUUUGUGUCCUUGGUCAACACAAUAAAUGUGUGCAUGCAUAAAAGGAUGGAUAGAAAGCACAUGCAGAAGAGCCAGUCUGACGCGGGGGGCGCAGGGUACGAGCAAAGAAACGGAGAGCCUGAGGAGCACGAAAUAGAGCUGCACUGCUCCUACAGAAACAUGGUGCAGAACCACUUUAAGCCAGUGCGCUCGAUGUACAGGGUUGCCAGCUACAUACAGAGCGUGUUCUGCGUCUCCCUUAUGCUGACGCUUGUAUACCUGCGGACAACUUCAUUGGCAAAUGCACUCAUUUUUCCAAAUCUGGUUUUUGAUUUGACCUCUCUGUUUGUGUUUCUUCCCAUUGGAAUGGCCUUUUUGGCAAACAUUUUUUGGUGGGUCGAGAGUGGGCGCUAUUCCGUUACAAAGAAAAUGUGUUUUUUCAGCCUGAAUUUUCUUAUCUUCUUCCAAGUCUUUAUGCAUAAAUGUUUCCUACAUACAAUGAAUAUGGAAAACCAUGUAUUUGACGAAGAAAGAUGCGGAACUUUUUCUGACAUCAAUGUCCUGACCACUGUGCGGGCUGUGGGGGUUUCGCUGUUUAUAUUCCCGGCCAUACACAAUACAGUGGAUUUGGCAGGAGAUAGGGAGCACCAGUAUAGCGCCAGGAAUAACACAGUGACCAGGUUUAUUGCGCAGGCAUUGCUAGUCUGUUUCUAUCUAGCAUCUUGGAGCAUUGUGACGCUAGUGUCUCCUAGCUUUAUGUAUGCUUCUUCGUACGGGGACUUUUUAACAGGCCUGAAACAAGCGCUGAUUCAUCAGAGAGAAAGCCCGGAUUUUUCAUUCGACAUCUUGUCUAUCACCAUCAAUUACUACUAUAUGCUGAUUGUUGAGCUUUGGCUGAUAGUAUUGCUCUUUAUGUUCGGCGCAAAUCAUAUGCAGCUACUAUACCAAAUGACUCAUGCAUGGAUGGGGGGAUGCAAAAACCAGGACAGCUAUGCAGACGGGCUCUGCAACCAUCCUGGGCGCCUGCUUAGAAAUAAGGAGAAGUUCUGUCUGAGCGGUUUAAUUGUCGCGGUGGCAGGGAUGCUGGCGGCUUUUGCGAUCAGGCGGCAGUUGUUGCUGCCUAUAGCGGUGGUGGGAAUGACAAUUUCGCUUACGCUUAACGUUAUAAUACCCCUUGCUAUCCUGGUGCCCUGCAAAAAACCAAAAGUGAAUUUUAUAGGCAAAAGAGCUCAGGAAAGAAGAUGGACUGUGUUUAUGAGUGUGCUGGCGGUAUGCGCAAUCUUGGUUAUAGGCAGUCAUUGGAUGGCCAAUCCGAAUAUAUACCAGGCCAGCUAUUUGUGCCGCUCCGAAUAA